AGGCGGGAAAAGGAAGAAUAUGACCGUACGAUGCAGUUUGCUGCAAAAUGUGUGUGCUGCUUUGGCGGGGAAUGUGCGUAAAGGGGUUGAUGGCAUCUGGGCAGGCGCGCUACGGGGAGAAACUUAUGGAAGAACCUCCGUCGAAAGAGAAUUACUGGGACUCCGAGAACAGCGUCUCGAUGCCGCUGACGUUGGUACAUGGGCCGAAGGACUGGCAUCAAAGAGGACGACACUUAAUGAAUGCCUCAAGCCCAACCAUAGCCAGAUACAAGCUCGACGACAAUAACUCCUCGUUCGCCCUUUCAUUCUAUUAUGUGGCUGAGAUCAAACUGGGAUCGCCCCCGCGAAGAUUUCGGGUAUCGCUUAACACUGGGUCUGAUCUUCUCUGGGUUCAGUGCGCGCCUUGCCUUCAGUGUUCUGACACUACACAGACGCUGCCCUUUGACUAUGGAGGCUCCUCGACCAGCAAACUCCUAACAUGUGGCGAUGAGACUUGUCAGGAUCUUACGAAAAGAAACUCAGCAAUGUGUACAGCCAACUGCACUGCAAAACAGGUCUGGAAGUCAAUGAUGGAAUCAGCAGAUGCAUUGAGGAGAUGCGAACUGUUCAAUGAGUCUUCCUUCUGUACAUACGCGGCAUUCUUUGGAGAUGGGACCAUCGUCACUGGGAAGAUCGUUACAGAUGUAUUCUAUUUGCAAAGGGUAACCGGAGAUAUCAAGAGAGUGAACAUUCCAUUCGGUUGUGGACAGAUUGUAUCACCUCCUUUCACGGCAUAUGGAUUGGAUGGGACUCUGGGCCUGAUGAGAACAAACCACUCGCUUCCGUCACUGCUGGCAGCACAGGGCCUACCUAAUGUCUUUGCGCACUGUUUCGCUACAAAGAGAGAUGAAGGUCAUGGCGGCAGGUUUAUCCUUGGAAGGCCAGCUGUACCAGACAGCUUUAUCCAAUACACGCCCCUGUAUGGGGAUCCUAAUUUUGAGCGGAGAUACCGGGUGAGACUUCUUAACAUCUCGAUUGGUGAUGUGACUUUCCCGGUACCCGAGCUCUACGAUGAUGUGGGGACUCCAACCGUUGAGUUUGACUCUGGGAACACAAUUACCAUAUUUCCACGGAACAUCCUGCGCGGUUUGGUUCUCAAGAUUACCAGUCGAGUGCCAUCAUUGGCCUUUGACAAUGCAACAAGCAGUCGCCUGCGUCUGACAUGCUUCAAGCUCCCACCCAUUAUCAUUACGGCAGAGACGGUAAAGGCCCUGAAGCUGGCAUUCCCCAAUGUGACACUGCACUUCGAGAAUGCUACGAUGGUGGUUUCUCCAAGGGACUAUCUGGUAGAAAUAGGAUCGUCUGAUACAGGAGGACAGCCUGCGUUAUGUGUUGGCAUGCGAGAACUGCCCUUUGCUGAUCAGUUUCCCGACCUGUGGAAUCUUGUCUCAAUUGGAGCAAACUUCAUGAGGAAUUACCUUGUGGUGUAUGAUCAUGACAACCGGCGGAUAGGAGUCUCAAGAAUGCAGUGCAGAUCUGAUGGAAGGGGGGGGAGAUGAAGAUGGUCUUCCCUGCGGGGACAGGCGGGCAGCUGGAAGGACGCUCGGAUGGGAACUCCAAGGGUAAAAAACUGCUGGCAGACGCCGAUUCAAGUGUGGAGUUGCCUGGCUUGGAAUUUGGUUUGGAGGAUGCUGGUGGACAGCCUGCGUAUGACAGUAUAUGUAAAGGUGAGUGGCGAUGUUCGUGUGCACCGAUGUUGAGCAUUCCGUGAGCGGAAGGCAGAGAAUGAAGGUAGGUUGAGCUUCCGAAUGAGAGAACAGGUGGCAUGCAUGGAGAUCCAGUUUGCGAGAGCAGUUUUUCCAAAGUAGCUGGAAUUUUGUACGACAACGCAGAAGUUUUGUACAUGUGAGGUGGGUGGGUGUACAAACACCCCUGCAUGGAAGUGGAGCCGAGGGAUGCUCAGGCGCGGGUAUACGUUUGGGUGGGUGGGUGCAUGCUGCGGCAUAGAGUUUCAAUUGAGAGAGGCUCAUUAGGGGCAGCGUGUUGGGCCCAAUAGGCAGGAAAGCAGUAGUCUUUGGCUGGGCAGUGACAUGUUCAGGGAAUGCUGUUGAUGACCACGUCAAUGUUACGUUAGCCAAGACACGACGAACCCAGGGAAAGCAAGUCUGUCGUCUGGCCAAUGGCACCCGGCAGACUACGAAGUGGAACUACUCAAGGCGAAGGAUUACGUUGACGGUCAUUAGUGUGUCAGUGCGAAGAUACAGCCAAGGUGCACCGGUGCAGGAUAAAUUGUCUUCCAUGAUCAAAAAAAAAGUUUUCGCUUCACGCUGGAUUACACAAUGUGUUCACUCAUCACGUUUAUUAUGCCGUUAAGAACAUUGUGAAUUAGAGGUGGGGUGACGUUGUGAAUUAGGGGUGGGGUGGGGUGGGGUGAGGUGGGGUUGGGUUCAGGAGUGGUUGUCGAAGGAGGCUAGUGGAGCAGUUUGCGUGGAUGGAGGAGAAGGCGGGAGGAGCGCGGUGGCCAGGAAACAAGCAAGCAUGCCGGCGGAUGAGGCUACUUCUGAGAUUGAAGUGAUAGUUUGGGGAGGGGAGCAUUUUAUUAGCCAGGCAGCUUGCGGAUGGCCGGGAAAUGCUUUUUAAAGUAGAACAGCUGCUGAUGGGAUCCAGCUCCUUACCAGGGGGGAGGGUGGAGGGGGGAGGGGAGGGGAGCAGAAUUCCUGCACGGCAGGGGCAUCCAGAUUGCAUUUUGGAUUCACUUACGCUAUACCUGAAGAGGCGGGAGAGCAGGGGGAUGAUACAUUUUGUAUCUCCUUGUCAAACCUGAUUACAUGCUGGUGAAGGUGAACCCUAGGAGCUUGCUCGUCUGGCUCCAUUGUACCAUGACUGGCUUCCUGAGUGCUGUGUGUAUUCACAGGUGAUCAGUUAUGUAGGGAAAGCCGAGUGUUUGCUUUCUUAUGCAGUCACGCGAUGUGCCACUUGGUGAAAGGGGAGAGCUUGCGAGUCGGUGGGUUAUCUUUGUAAAAGCUGAUUACAUGCUGCUGAAGGUGGACCUGAUGAGCUUGCCCUGCUGUGACUGGCUUCCUCAGUGCUGACCUGAUGAGCUCACCGGCUUCCUCAGUUGCUUGUAUUCACAGGUGAUCAGUGAUGUAGGGAAGCCAAGUGUUUUCCAUCUUCUGCAGUCGCCUUCCUCGACUUAGCGGAGAGUAAUAGUCUCUCAUCUUUGGAGCAAACAAGACGAGUCGAGGCGAUGAGUCAGCAAGUUUAAAGCAGUUUGCAGCCCCACCUGAUGAGGUGGACUGCAAAUCUCAUCGAAAAUCUUGUAAUUGGUCUAUAGAUGUCCUGCGUGCCCCUUCGCUUCCUGAAAUUUUUGAUUGGUGUGUGAUGUGGGCUCCGUGCUCGUCUGAGCUUGGUGCUUUCGCAGGCCUCGUGCCUUGCGUAAGGGUAGAGUGAUGGCAUCGGCUCCUUUGCUUCACCACCCAUGCAGUCAUCUCUGCCACUUGGUAGUCCAUCGAUACGUUAGGUGGAAUAAGCUCUCUCUUCUCAUAACAACAGGAAGGAUUUAACAAGGAACUACUGUGUGUGUGUUGGGGGAGGGGGCGUAGAUAUGCGGUGUGGAGAAGAAUAAAUAAUCCUCGUUGUCUCUGCCCUCUCUCCAACCACCUGCCUUUUUACCCCUUCGCCCUUAACAUCCCAAGGGCAGUGCUGCUCGGCACAACAAGCGGAAAGUGAGAAUUUCUGCCCAGGAAGGAACUGCUUUUUGGAGACUGAGGUUUGAGGUAGAAAACUCAUCUGUGGUGAUGGAUGAAGCAAGCGAUGGUAGUGGAUGCAAUGCGCAGGACACAGAUAAACAUGUCCGUUUGCUGGCUGAAAAGUCCGUCGUCCACAAUUACGCAGUUUUGCAAAGAUGAUAGUGUAUGCUGCCCAGCAACAUCGGCGAUUGGCGACCGAGCAGCCGGGAUGUGGCAUUUGGGAGUGUGGAGGGAGGAUUAUUACGGAGGGGAGGGGAACAACAGGAGUCCGGAGAACAGGGCGAGGGUGUGGUGUUGAGGUCGGACAACGAAGGGGGCUAGAAUUACCCUGAAUGUGGGCAAAAGCUUACUUCUGUUAAGCUGACUCUCAGGCAUGUUCCGGCCCUGUACGCGUCGGUAUUCUGUUUAUGAAGGACUGUAGCCAAAGCAUUCGUUCACGUUAAAUGUCGGUCCUAUUUAUUGCACACUUUUCAAUGUGCAUAUUUUGGAUGUUCAGUUUUGGAUUUUCCAGUUUUGAGAAAUGGACGAGUCUCUGGGUUUGUCAGUCUCAGAAAUGGAUUUCUAGCAGUAGCUUGAGUCUCUCUUUUGACGACUGUCGGUCCGAUUCCAGCAUAGCCAGGUACAUAUAUACCAUCAUAACUUAUUUUACUCUAAUGUAAAUUUUUGUUCCACUAUUCAACUAUUUGAGUUAAAAUUCUCUUGAGGAGUGGUGUUUGGUCCCCCCAUCCUUUUUUAUCGUCAGCGGUGAGCGACUAUGACGCAAUGCCAUCUUGAAAACUGCCGAGAAAGGACAGCCAAGGCAAGGGGACCUAAGCAUGCCAGAAAACGAGGGAGUGGUCAGUGUUUAUGAAACCUUUACGUCAGUGGGCAGCAGUACUGGCUGGGUUUUGUAGUGCGCUGUCGUACAUCCUAUUUUAUUUUAUCCGGGAAUUAGAGCGCUUUUACGUCAGUGACUCGGUGGCAAUAAUCUUUUCCUUUCUGGCAGUUUAGGAGUGUACCCGGUAAGCGCAGGAAGGAUUUCUUGCGAUGUUCUAGUACACUGAACAAAGAGCUGCAUAGCGGCAGUCGGUGCAAUCCAUAAAGCAUUCUCUCUGCUCAGCUCCCCUCACUUUUGUCUGCCUUUUCUUCACAAAGGCAGGUCGAGGAGCGAAAUGGUUAAUCCUACCGGCAAGUAGUCUGAUGCGGCGACUUGUUGAGGAGACGAGAAGAGCCUGUCUUUGCUUAACGCCCCGGUUUCUGUUGUCUGGAGUUUUCUUUGCCUGUUCAAUGCCGCCGUGGUUAAGAUUGUGUGAAGAGCAGUGUACGCAUGAAGAACUAGCCUGCUGCUUGCAUGGCAUGUCUUUCCUCCGCUUAGAACCGUGAGGGUGACAAGUUUAUGUUGUUCCUGGAAAAGUGGUCUGCGUUGGCAAAUCAUACGAUGAGCAGAAGAUGUGCUUUGUCGGCCAGGUCUGCAUUGGCAAAUCAUACGAUGAGGAGAAGAUGAGCAGAAGAUGUGCUUUGUCUUUCCUCCGCCAGUGUUAACCCCCCGCUUGUGUUGGCACGACAGCCAAUGUUUGCGCCGUCUGUGGGCAAGAUUGGGAACGAUUCGUCUCCAGUUGGCGUUGAACAAGGUCCAGGUUACAGAUCCUAUCAUCCUACUCUUCAUGUGUACAAGGCAUGAUUCACACCAUCGUAAAGAGAGCCUUCUCGCAAUGAUUUGGCCCAGCCUCUCCCAGUUGGUUCAGGUAACCUAUGUUUGCAGGCAUAGAUAGAGAGUUCUUUCGCCGGUUUAGCUGUGUGUGACAAGGAAGCUCGGUGGCAGCCUCAAACGCCCACGGUAGGUGGUUGUAGAUGACUUCGGCGAUAUGAGCUCUUCGGAGCCGUCAGCAGGGAGCCUUCUCGCAAUGAUUUGGCCCAGCCUCUCCCAGUUGGUUCAGGUAACGCAUGUUUGCAAGCAUAGAUAGAGAGUUCUUUGGCCGGUUUAGCUGUGUGAGAAGGAAGUUCGGUGGCAGCCUCAAACGCCCACGGUAGGUGGUUGUAGGUGACUUCGGCGAUACGAGCUCUUGGGAGUCGUCAGCAGGAAUGCCAUUACAGCAUUCCUAGCGCUUUUGCUGGAUGGAAUGUGUGGAGUAGUUUUCGAAAGGUGCAUUGUGAAAGCGGGCGAAGAGGAGCGCUUGCUUGAUUGCUCCAUGUCUUCAAUUAGCUGGGGCUCUUGCCGAGACUGUCGAUGGUAGGUGGUUGUAGUCGACCCGUCGCUAUGAGCUCUUGGAAGUCGUUAGCGGGAAUGACAUUCCGCAUUCCACACGCUUAUGCUGGAUGGAAUGCUUUGAGUAGUUUCUGAAAGGUGCAUCGCAAAAGUGGGCAACGAAGAGCGCUUGAUUGCUUCAUUUUUCAAUGAGCUGGGGUUCUUGCGGAGACUGUCAGGAGAGUUAACAGCCUCUUUACUGUGGAUAAUUAUUGAAGCUGGAGAUGAUGAGAUUCUGGGCAUAAGGCGACAUGUUAGGAGGAAGGGUGUUUUCCUUCACGGAUACACAAAAAGCACGAGACUAUGACCUGGUCGUGGAGAAGGGUGACGUGUUGGAUUGCAUCCAUAUAUACGUGUGGGUGGUUCAUGUAGCCAAUGUUACUCGAUAAAAUGAGUGUGGGCAUCAGUUUUUCUGAAGGUUGAAGAAGUCUUGUGCACUAAGUGACAGAAAGGACAUACGCGGUGUAGGUUCAUAAGCUGUGCUAUGAUUUAACAACAGUC